AGAUCUUUUGAGAAAGGCCGUGAUAUCAUCCACCUCCUCUGGCACCUUGAUCCAGUGACCUUCCAACUCUGCACCCAAGUACUCCUUCCACUCAACCCGAAACCCUACUUUGGAGAGCACAUCUCUAACCUCACGUCCGAGCUGAACAUCAACCAUAGCAUCGUCGGUCCCGUGGCGUGGAAAGAUAGGUGUUGACAAGAGAGAGCGGCUUGGUGCCGUGAUCCAUGCCGAUGUCAUGCUCUCCACAAAAGCAUCCGAAUCAGACCUGUCGUCCUGUGAAGCAUUUCCUCUCCCAGCAAGAAUCUUUUCGAUAUUCUUGGCGAACGGAAGCCAUGUGUUAGUCGCUACCAACCCUCCUAGUCUUCUGUCAAGCCUUGUUUGGCAUAACAAUGUCCACAUGGCGAUGGCUCCCCUUGGCUGAUUUCCCCUCAACACCAGCUUGUUGGAGCGACCUUUCAACAACUCGAGUCUUUCAUCCAUGACAGAUUUGAUGUAUGAUGUGGACUCUCGAAUACCGUCAACCUGCAGAUCCUGCCUCAAUGUUGUCUUUCUCCGGCUUCUCCUCUUUUCCCUCUCCGGUUCACAUCACCUUGAACAGCCAUCAUCACCACCACCAGCUGUUGCGCCCCUCGGCAACAUGCUAUUCCGAAGUUACAGGCCAUCAAGAAUAUUGACAUAAUCUCGUUGUCAACUUAGUAGGUCAUUCUGUCGAUUGGUUCAUUGCCUGAGUAUAACAACAAAUUGCUCCAUCUAGAUCAUGGCUACCCUUCUAUUCACCCUGAAGCGUGUGUGCGCCCGGUCAACAUGACCCUCGACGCUUUCAGCUUUUUUGCACACACGCCCCCGCCAAUCCGAGUCGCCAGUUCGGCAACAUGAAUGUCAGCUGAUCAGCAUACUCUGUGCCGAGGCGUCGUCGCUCUUCCCAGAGAAUUGGCCCCGUCAUAUUGCCCUGUUAACAUCAAACAUCUUGGAAACAUGUCAGCCCUGAAGGCGGCUCCUGUCACCGCCCCAUCUUCGACUUCAAUACGAUUCCACACGUGUCUUGGGCAGGACUCUAAAAGGCCCCGAUUGCGAUAGGCACAUCGUUUCUUCAGCCAACGACAGGCUAGCAGUUAGUCCUGGGCAUGACAGUUAAACUGCUUCAGUCCGCUCUAGGUGUUGGCGUACCCUAGAGUGUGUCCAUAUUGGACCCGUUGACACGGUGACUUCUUGCGUUGCUCUAGGCAUGACUUUGAAACUGCCAUUUGCGUGUUCCUCCGUCAGCUCGACUGCUUUCAACAUCGACUGCUUUCGACUGAUGUUGGGAAGUAAGUCCUGGGCAUGACCUUUUAAAAGGCCCCAUCGGCGUGGCCCCCGCAGAGAUUGCUCUUCACGUUCUGUAGGGAUUGGUAUUCAUCCCGCCGGCAGUCUUGCCUUGGGCCGUUGCGUCACAGGGUACAUCGAGGUUAUAUUUCACGGCAUUCAAAUCGAUGUUAAGCCCGCCAGCAAUUUCAACAGAGCAUAUGCGUUGGCUGUGAGGACGGUUAUCGAGAGGGUAUAUUAUUGCAACGACUGCGCGUGCUCAGGCAUGCGUGUUCGGGAGUAACUAGGUUGAUAACUGACGUCGCGUCUGUACUGAAGAUCACCUACUUCACUCCAGCACCCUUUUGAGACUGGAAUCUUUUCUGAAGGAGACAAGCGCGAUGGUAAGGGCAAUGCGCCGGUGUCUUUUCCCGCCACAGGCCAAGUUCAAGGCGGGGGAACAACUCGUGCAGAAGCUACUUUGCUCCGGAGCCAGCAUCUCGGACUCGGGCCAGGAAGAUUCACUUGGAUAUGUUCGUUCCCGCUCUGGUUCGACUAUCCCACACUCUCUCUAGGGCAAGGGCCAAGAGGUGGCUUGGGUUGGGCUGGUCGCGUCUCCCAGCGGGCAACGCGCUACAUGUCGUUCUUAUCCGCAAAGCCCGUGCCCUUCUCGCACUUCGCGCCGUCUCACACACCAUAUGCAUACCGGCAACCGGGAGUUUCGGGUUGUGGAUUUAUGUUCAAGGUUCUUAUAGAACACUCUUAAUAACAAACUCGCCAUUUCUCCCAUUUUAGCUCCUUUGUGCAUUGCUCAUGAUCUGUAGACAAUUUGUGACUGGUCCUAAAGAAAGUGAAGGAUCCUGCUGUUGACGGUGUACAGUCUGGCAAGUUAUCAAGUUGACAAUCAUCCACGCCCAAACAUCUCAACAAUGCCAUCGUCCGCCACCGUCACACUCUUUCAAACACUCGACGUCGAGUCUCUCGACUCUGGCAAUCAACUUCCGGGAGAUGCUGUGGCCAAAGUAAAGUCCCAGCCUGAUUUCCAGCAAGGUUUCUUUGGCCAAAAGCUCGAGGAUCCAAAGACCUGGGUGCUGGCAACUGAAUGGUCAUCCGCCUCUGCAGCAAAGCAGUGCAUCACCGACAUCAAGGAUCAUGUCAGGGCUCAAGAGACAUUUGUUUAUCAGUUUGACACGGCUGUGUUGAAGGCGCCAUGCACUGAGGUGUUUACUGCUUUUGAGACGGAGGAGGGGUUUGAGGAGCAGGUUGGGCGGUUUGUCAGUGCUGUUGAGGGGGAUAAGCUGGAGGGGUAUAAGGGUGCGGAUUAUGGGGCGGAGGUGAAGGUUGAUGGGGGUGGGACUGGGGAGAAGAGUGUGAGGAUGGUUAUUGGGUGGGUCAGUAAGGAGGCGCAUGUUGAGGCUAAAGGAAAGCCGGGAGCUAUUCAGGAGAAUAUUGGGGAGUUGAGAGCGAAGAGGAAAGGGGUGGAUUUGUUCCAUGUUAACUUCAAGGAGCUGUGA